GUGUAUUCAUGUCAGUGAUGUCAUCUGAUUGAGCUCACCCAGGAUCCUAUCCACAGCCGCCCUUUCCUUUAGUGGGUGGAGAGCUCAGUGCUAUCUGUGGACCAGGAAACUGACAGGACCAGCUGGGGAUUGAAACCCUGUAAGAGAGCCAGUUGGUCUGGGGGACAAUCACCUACUGCUCAGUUACAACAGGCUGCAGCUCCACUCAGGAAAAACCAAGCCAGGACUCAGUGUAACUGCUGCCAAACACCAGGAGUUCUACACCAACCAAACGCUGCAGUUCCUCUGGAACUCAUCAUGUUCUGUGUGGCUUGUCCAAGAACCCUGGAGAUCAUUAUCUUCAGAAAUCCUCUCGUUGCUUCAGUUGCUGGUGACUCAGCUAAUCGUAUGGUGACACAUUGUAGUAAGUAAUAGAAUCAGGAGGAAGAUGGGUGGGAAGCAGUCUCGCAGUUUUUCCAGCAAGGAGUUGAAUGAUGUGAAUAUGAGUCAAAGGAGGAAGAGUGUUUUCAGAGACGAUCUGCCAGGUCUGUCCUCGGCUGCUGAGAGGAUCCGCAGACAUACCACUGUGCAUUUUGGUUACAGCAUCCUGAGUCUAGCCAUGCGAGGGCUCGACAAGACUCCAGCUGAGCUGUGGGAACUCAAGGAGCUUCAGAAGCUCAACUUGUCCAUGAACUGCCUGGGCUCUCUACCUCCUGCCCUGGCAGCCCUGGAAAAUCUUGUCAUCCUCAACCUUUGUAGCAACAACUUGACCAGCCUACCUCCUGAGAUUGGACUCCUGAAGAAGCUGCGCGUGCUGUUUGCUUGCCGCAACCGCCUGAGUGAGGUCCCAGAGGAGCUGGGCUCCUGUACCUGUCUGGAGGUCCUCAGUCUGGCCAACAACCAGAUCACAUGCCUCCCUGACAGCCUGGCAGCCAUGGACAAUCUGACCAAGCUUAACCUCAGCCACAACCGCAUCGCUCACAUCCCUACUUGUGUCUACAGCAUGAAGGGUCUGGUUUUCCUCCACUUGGCCUGCAACCGCCUGGAGACAAUUGCAGACCAGAUCCAGGACUUGGUUAACCUGAAGAUACUUAUUGUGGAGGGAAACAGUAUCCACACGCUGCCCAAGACCCUGUGUUUUAUUGAGUCUUUAGAACUGCUCAAUGUUGACUUCAAUGCUUUGCAAAGCGUUCCAGGGGAGUUGUAUCAGCUGAGCCGGCUUGGGAGGUUGGCCUGUCAUCCACUGGAUAAAGGACUUCACAUUAUCCAUAAUCCGCUUCUCAAGCCAAUUCAGGAGGUGCUGCAAGGAGGACUCAGUGCCCUCUAUAACUACCUCAAACCCACGUGAGAGACUACUACAGCAUGUGUUGUAAUUGGAUGAUGGCACGUGACCCCUGGCACGUGGAAGUCAAGGACACCACAAACUGUCUGACAGAAGAUAUGAUGUCUCAACAUGAGAUUUUAGUCUGACUGACAGAUAGACUUUUGUACUUUUAGAUGUACGAUACAAGUUUGGAUAUAAAUAAAGAUGUCAUAACUGCUGAGUCAGGUCUAAACAUUUGUUAAUCCACAGUGAUGAGAUCAGGACUCAAGUCACUCAGCACAGAAAAAUUCACAGGUCCACAUUUGGGGACUGAUUACCGGCCAGUUGAUCUUAUUUGGCCCAUGGUGAGGGGUAAGCAGAGGGGGUGAGUUCAGCUGCAGAGCACCACUCGCUUUGUCACAUUCAGGUCAGUGGGAUCAAGUGGGUAAGGUCAGUGGAAAGAAUGGUAGAGGAGCUUAAGACGUACAAAACACACCAUUCUCAUCAAAUGUUGUUCCGUUCCACACGGAUCACAGCUGAGCCACUUGCCUGCAGAUCCCCUGACAUUGCUGAAUGUUGUAACACCAACAACUUGAAAACUUUCAUCAUAAAUCAUUUCAAAAGACAUGAUGAUGUUUUAUUUUUGCUUCAACAAUAACAAGUUCAAUUAAAAAUAAUGGUAAACAUUUGAGUUUGGAAAAGAAGCAAGAAAAGAUGAUCUCAAUUAUUUAAAAUACAUUUGACAAUAGUUCCCUCUGUCAAAGAGGAGGCUCAAGCUAAAUGUAAAAAGCUGUAAAGAUUAAAUUAAAUAUAAAUCCUGUGUUACAUGUGACCUGUUUAGGAGAAUAAAGCAUUAAAAAAAUUAUUACAAAUAUUGAAUGAUUAAGCAUCACUUGAAUCAUCCACCAAUCCUAAAUUGAACCACUUUAUCUGGAGGGCUCAAAGAUGAAAAUAGUGAAGUCAUUUAGUAUUAAUGUAUAUAUUGUUUUUCUAUGAGAACAAACAGUGAAGUAUUUCCCACAUUAUAACACAUAUGUAUAAUAAAUCAUUGUUGUACUGUGGUCAUCAGGUGACCACUGUGUUUAACAAACAUCUUCUUACUACUGUCACCAUGUUUGUACAGAAGAUGUUAAAUAAUCAUUAGCUUUACUUUAAAAAUGUGACAGUAUGCAAAUAUGUGUAUGCUGAGAUAAAUGAAAUA